UGAUCCUGUCCACCUGACCUGCCCGCCCCCCGUCUCUCCUCUCGACCAUACCCCGUCCCGGCCGCCACGCGUGCACCUGAUGCUCUCGCUCCUCCGCUUGUUUCGAGUGGCAGUGUGCACGCCCGUGCAUGCGUGAGGCCGGCAGGUAGGCACGGUGGCCCGGUGCUGACGGCCAUGCAGCACGCAUCCACCAGUCCACCACACUCCCCCCGACCCCGCAGCAAGCCAUCGAUCGAGCCGGGCCCGGCGCAGCCUGCCGGUAUGAACGCGAGUGCUUAGCUACCGGCUAGCGGCCUAGCGCGGUGGCGCCUCACUUUCUCCCGUCGCUUUCCGCCGGCGCCGGCGUCAGCGCGUGCAUCACCCGGCCUGCGCUGGAAGACUCGCACUCGCACUCAGUGGUAUAAACAACAGGCCGCGAGUGCCCCUCGCUCCCCGUCCGUUCCGCGCGCUCCUGCAGCAGUGGCUGGGGUGAAGCUAGCAAGGUGGUGACUGGUGGCUGUGAGGUUUUGGAGGAGAGAUGGGGGAGGCGGCGCCGGCGGCGGCGGUGCUGGCCGUGAACGGCGAGAGGUACGAGGCGGCCGGCGUGGACCCGUCGACGACGCUGCUCGAGUUCCUCCGCACCCGGACGCCCGUCAGGGGCCCCAAGCUCGGCUGCGGCGAAGGCGGCUGUGGUGCAUGCGUCGUCCUCGUCUCCAAGUACGACCCCGCCACCGACGAGGUGACCGAGUCCUCGGUGAGCUCCUGCCUGACGCUGCUCCAUAGCGUGGACCGCUGCUCGGUGACCACCAGCGAGGGCAUCGGCAACACCAAGGAUGGCUACCACCCCGUGCAACAGCGGCUCUCAGGCUUCCACGCCUCGCAGUGCGGCUUCUGCACGCCUGGCAUGUGCAUGUCCAUCUUCUCCGCGCUUGUCAAGGCCGACAAGGCGGCCGACCGCCCCGCCCCGCCCGCCGGUUUCUCCAAGAUCACCACAUCGGAGGCUGAGAAGGCUGUCUCAGGCAACCUGUGCCGGUGCACCGGGUACAGGCCCAUCGUUGACGCCUGCAAGAGCUUCGCGGCCGAUGUUGAUCUUGAAGACCUGGGUCUCAACUGCUUCUGGAAGAAGGGUUGCGAACCUGCAGAAGUCAGCAAGUUGCCCGGCUACAGCAGUGGUGCCGUCUGCACUUUCCCGGAGUUUCUCAAAUCGGAGAUCAAGGCCUCAGUUGAGCAGGCGAACAAUGCUCUGGUUCUGGUUUCUGAUGACGGCUGGUACCGUCCUAAGAGCAUGGACGAGCUUAACAGGCUGUUCGAGUCUAAUUCCUUUGAUGAGAAUUUUGUAAAGAUCGUGGCUUCAAACACUGGAUCUGGAGUGUACAAGGAUCAAGACCUCCAUGACAAGUACAUUGACAUCAAAGGGAUCCCAGAGCUUUCAGUUAUCAACAGAAGCAGCAAGGGAAUUGAGCUUGGAUCAGUUGUGUCUAUCUCUAAAGCAAUUGACGUGUUGUCAGAUGGAAACUUGGUCUUCAGAAAGAUUGCUGAUCACCUGAACAAAGUGGCUUCACCAUUUGUUCGGAACACUGCAACCAUAGGUGGAAACAUAAUCAUGGCACAGAGGUUGCAGUUCCCAUCAGACAUUGCAACAGUACUACUAGCUGCAGGUUCAACCGUCACUAUCCAGGUGGCUUCCAAAAGGCUGUGCCUCACUUUGGAAGAGUUCUUGCAGCAGCCUCCAUGUGAUUCUAGGACCCUGUUGCUGAGCAUAUUCAUCCCAGAUAGGGGAUCAGAUGACAUCACUUUUGAGACUUUCCGAGCCGCCCCUCGUCCAUUUGGCAAUGCUGUCUCAUAUGUUAAUUCCGCUUUCUUGGCAAGGUCAUCAGGAGGCGAUCUCAUUGAGGAUAUAUGCUUGGCGUUCGGUGCUUACGGAGCCGAUCAUGCCAUCAGAGCUAGGAAGGUUGAGGAUUUCCUGAAGGGCAAAUCGGUGACCUCUUCUGUUAUACUUGAAGCAGUUCGGUUGCUUAAAGAGACGAUUGCACCAUCCGAAGGAACAACACAUCCUGAGUAUAGAAUCAGCUUGGCUGUCAGUUUCUUGUUCACCUUCCUAUCUUCCCUUGCCAACAGCUUGAAUGAAGCACCAAAGAUCAAUGUUCCCAAUGGAUUGUAUACGAAUGGAGUCACAAAUGGAAGCAUUGAGCACUCACCAGAGAAUCAUCUUAAUGUUGACAGCAAUGAUUUGCCAAUUCGCUCAAGACAAGAAAUGGUUUUCAGUGAUGAAUACAAGCCAGUUGGCAAGCCAAUCAAGAAAACUGGGGCAGAGCUCCAAGCAUCCGGGGAGGCGGUGUACGUUGAUGAUAUCCCUGCUCCCAAGGAUUGCCUCUAUGGAGCAUUUAUCUAUAGCACACACCCUUAUGCUCAUGUUAAGGGUAUCAACUUUAAAACAUCUUUGGCUUCGAAGAAGGUCAUCACAGUUGUCACCGCAAAGGAUAUUCCCAGUGGCGGAAAAAAUAUUGGAUCCAGCUUCCCAGGGCUUGGAGAUGAACCACUUUUUGCUGAUCCAAUUGCAGAAUGUGCUGGUCAAAAUAUUGGUGUCGUGAUUGCUGAAACACAGAGGUAUGCCUAUAUGGCAGCAAAGCAAGCAAUUAUUGAGUACAGCACAGAAAAUCUGCAGCCACCAAUUCUAACAAUAGAAGAUGCCAUCCAACGAAACAGCUACUUCAAAGUCCCCCCAUUUUUAGCUCCCAAGCCAGUUGGUGACUACAACCAAGGGAUGUCUGAAGCUGAUCACAAGAUUUUAUCAGCCGAGGUCAAACUUGAAUCCCAGUAUUAUUUCUACAUGGAGACACAAGUGGCGCUUGCUAUUCCUGAUGAAGAUAACUGCAUAACCAUCUAUUCAUCAGCACAAAUACCGGAGGUCACACAAAAUGUGGUUGCAAGGUGCCUUGGGGUUCCAUUUCACAAUGUCCGUCUCAUCACCAGAAGAGUUGGAGGAGGCUUUGGUGGAAAGGCAAUGAAAGCAAUACAUGUUGCAUGUGCAUGUGCUGUUGCCGCAUUCAAGCUACGGCGUCCUGUUCGGAUGUACCUCGAUCGCAAGACAGACAUGAUAAUAGCAGGUGGGCGGCAUCCUAUGAAGGUGAAGUACUCCGUUGGGUUCAAGUCAGAUGGCAAGAUCACGGCCUUGCACCUUGACCUUGGGAUCAAUGCUGGAAUAUCACCGGAUGUGAGUCCAUUGAUGCCACCUGCUAUCAUAGGCGCUCUCAAAAAGUACAACUGGGGCAAUCUUGCAUUUGAUGCCAAGGUCUGCAAGACAAAUGUCUCAUCAAAAUCAGCAAUGAGGGGUCCUGGGGAUGUGCAGGGCUCUUUCAUUGCUGAAGCCAUCAUUGAGCAUGUUGCCUCAGCACUCUCAGUUGACACUAACACCAUCAGGAGGAAGAAUCUGCAUGACUAUAAGAGCCUUGCAGUGUUCUAUGGAGAAAGUGCAGGUGAAGCUUCUACAUACAGCCUGGCCACCAUGUUUGAUAAGCUGGCCUCAUCUCCAGACUACCAGCACAGAGCUGAAAUGGUUGAGCACUUCAACAGAAGCAGCAAGUGGAAGAAACGUGGCAUUUCUUGUGUGCCAAUCACAUACAAAGUGGGGCUUCGGCCAACUCCAGGCAAGGUGUCUAUCAUGAAUGAUGGUUCCAUUGCGGUUGAGGUUGGAGGAGUGGAGAUAGGGCAAGGGCUGUGGACGAAAGUGAAGCAGAUGACGGCAUUCGGGUUGGGACAGUUGUGUACUGACGGCGGUGAAUGCCUCCUUGACAAGGUGCGGGUUAUCCAGGCCGACACAUUGAGCAUGAUCCAGGGAGGGUUCACCGGUGGGAGCACCACUUCUGAAACUAGCUGUGAAGCGGUUCGACUAUCAUGCGCUGCGCUUGUUGAGAGGCUUAAGCCUAUAAAGGAGAGCCUGGAGGCUAAGACUGGCACAGUGGAAUGGAGCGCCAUAAUUGCUCAGGCAAGUACGGCAAGUGUGAACUUGUCGGCACAUGCAUACUGGACCCCUGAUCCAUCAUUCAGAAGCUACUUGAACUAUGGAGCUGCCAUUAGUGAGGUGGAAGUUGAUGUCCUGACAGGAGCAACAACAAUUCUAAGGAGUGACCUCCUGUACGAUUGUGGGCAAAGCCUGAACCCAGCAGUAGACUUGGGCCAGGUGGAAGGUGCAUUUGUCCAAGGAGUGGGCUUCUUCACAAAUGAGGAGUAUGCAACGAACUCUGAUGGCAUGGUCAUCAACGACGGCACAUGGACAUACAAGAUCCCCACGGUUGACACCAUCCCAAAGCAGUUCAACGUCGAGCUGAUCAACAGCGCCCGCGACCAGAAGCGUGUCCUCUCUUCAAAGGCAUCGGGUGAGCCGCCGCUGCUUCUCGCGUGCUCGGUGCACUGCGCCAUGAGGGAGGCCAUCAGGGCCGCCAGGAAGGAGUUCUCGGUCUGCACCGGGCCAGCGAACUCCGCCAUCACGUUCCAGAUGGACGUCCCGGCGACGAUGCCCGUCGUGAAGGAGCUCUGCGGCCUGGACGUCGUCGAGAGGUACCUCGAGAGCGUGUCCGCUGCCGGCCCAACCACCGCAAAAGCAUACAUAGAUCCAGCAAGCGCCCUGCCCAUGACGAAUGAGGUUAAUCAGUCAGUGUAAAUGGCAUGGCAUGCCUAGCUUGUAAGGUGUGAUGCUCUGAAUCUCUGAUCAUGUACAGAAAAGAUAGCGACUGCGAGCUGUGGUCUUGUGAAUCAAGAGUAUAGAGGGAAACUAAACUGAAUAAGUGCCGGGCAGUGCGAAUUCGUGGGUGGAAUCAUGUGAUUUCGACUCUUCGUUCA